AUGAACUUAAUAAAUUAGUAAAAGAGCUUACCCAAUCAUUUUUUUUAUUUUAAAAGGGAAUCAGGUAUAAAUAUUCACUUUCAAAAGAAAGAUUAGCGGAGUGGAAUUCAUAUUAAUUAAAUGAUUUUUUGA